UAGUUAAAUACCUAAUUUAACGUAAAAUCGCUUCGUUUCGACGUACAAAAAUCAAUCUGUCAAAAACGCAGUGAUGCCAACGUACUGUGUUUGACGUCUGUCAAUUAAUCAAAUCAUGAAUAUUCUGCCCAAAAAAAGGUGGCAUGUUCGAACGAAGGAUAAUAUCGCCAGAGUUCGCAGAGAUGAGGCCAACGCGGCUGAGGAGGAAAAAAAUAAACAAGAACGAAUAAAACUUGCUGAGAGAGAAGCAAGAAGGGAAUUAUUACUACAAAAAUCCAGAUUAAACACUGGUUACAAGGAGUUUAUCCCUCUCGAAGAAUCUUCAACAGAAAAUUUAGAACAUGUAAAUCUUUUUCGCGAUAUUGAAGAGGGAACAGCAGAACAGAAAAAAUCGAAUAAAGAACACGAUAAAGAGCAAACGCAGGAGAAGGAAAAAUACGAAAAACAAAUAGGUUAUUUAACGUAUUUAGGGCAAGAUACAAACGAGGCUUUAGGCAAGAAAAGUUGGUAUGAAACUUUACCGGAUAGACAUGGUAAAGGGGAGGUCAAUUUAAAAACUAAAUUGAGGGAGGAUCCCCUGAAUGUAAUUAAAAAAUACGUGGAAAUGGGAAAAGCAAUUGAAGAAAAAAACUCUAAAUAUGUUAGUCCUAUAAGUAAUGUUGUUAUGGAAGAAAAAAGUGUUUAUGUGAGUGAUAAAAAAAGAAAACGUCGUGAAAGUUCCAGCGACGAAAAAGCUCCCAAAAAACACAGACACAAAAAGCACAAGAAACACAAAAGAAAAAAAGUUGAGAGUUCGUCAGAUUCUGAAGAGGAAACGGCUAAAAAAGUUAAUCUGGAAAUGUUAAGGAUGCAGAGAAUUAAACGGGAGAGGGAAGAACGAAAAAAGGCGGAACAGCUUUUGCAGGAUUUAAAUCCCAAGAAAAGUGAUGACAACAAAACUAAAAGUAGACCCCAAGUGCAGAGGAAAUAUAAUUCACAGUUUAAUCCUGAUCUGGCUAAACAAAAUUAUUAUUGAAAUUAAAAUAAAAAAUUUUGU